CGCCUCGAUCUGGCCGGACAGGGGAACCACUUCACAGUUAAAGAACAAAAGCAACAACGGGAGGACCGAGUGGCACGAAAUAACGGCGGCUCGGAUUGAGAGUCUCACGGAUUGGAGCUUUGUGCCGUCUUCGGCAGGAAUUAGCCGACGACUGAACUCCUAGAAAACGCGACAAACUUGGUCGCCUCGGAUCUUUGUAUCCUGACCGUAAUCCGUCGAGGUGCUUGAUAAAUAAGACAAGGGUCAAACAAACGGACGGACGGUAUCGUUUCCCAGCUCUGCCUUUAAACUUCGGCCAUAUAAAGCGAGGUGCCAGGGGGGAAAUCUGAUUUUCUUCGCUUUUCCUUUCGCUCAAACGGACCUCGGGAAUAAAAAAAAGGGCUUGUUUGGCAUUUUUUGGUGAAAGCACACAUUUUGAUAGCCCAGAUGGCUACAUACACUGAACAUAACGGCAGACAUGGACUACCUUUGGACAUGAAGGAGAUGCUAGAAGAAAAAGUAAAGACAGAAUGUGAAGAAAACCUUGAAUCCAAAUGCUCAUCCAAGGAUUUGCGUGACUCUCCCUGCUCAGCUGAAAGCAACACAAGUGGGGUGGCUAGUUUCACCACCAACCACAACUCUGUUGUGUGCCUGCCUCUAGUGUCAGAGGGACUGAAACUGGUAUGGACACAGUCUGAUCAGACCCGUGAACUCGACACCAUCCCAGAGCUGGUCAAAGCCUUCAACUUAUUUCCCUACCCGUCGUCUCGGGAGGUUAGCGCUCUAGCCCGGGUCUGUGCCUUGCCACUGGACAAAGUUAAAGUGUGGUUUAUGGUGCAGAGAAUUAAAUAUGGAAUUAGCUGGUCCUCGGAAGAAAUUGAAGAGACACGGCGAAAGCUGGCAGUGCCGGAGCUUUGUGAUGACUCAAUUGAAACAAAUGAGGAAGACAAAAUGAAAAACAACACAAGUUAUGAGGAAUUGGUAAUUGAAGACAAGGAUAGUGAAGAAGAGGAGAGUGCUCUUUCUAACUACCCACCUCAGACAAACGGCCCAAAGUGUGAGUCACUAGAUUCAUACAAGCCAGCCAAAUCCAGCACACCGUGUUUCAGCUCAACCCUCCCACCGCCUCAGGAUUCGUACUUCUACCACCCACCAGCAGACACGCCAGCAGCCGAUGUUUCCUUUGACCUUUCGGACUCUUCUCCACGACAGCACCGCCAUGGACGCUACAAAAAGUCUAAAGCUCAGCUUGCUGCCCUUCGCAAAAGUUUUCUAAGAGAGAACUGGCCUGCAGAGGCAGAGCUUAGACGCUUGCAGGAAGAAACGGGGCUGAGCCGUAACGACAUACGUAAAUGGUUCAGUGACAGUCGUUACCAGCUGCGCGUCGGUCGAGGAAGCCUGGCAGCAGCCCAGAACUUUUCUCAGCAAGCUGCUGUGGGAAGUAAACAUGAUCAACAGUCUCAGCCUCUUCCACUUAUUACUCAAAAGUCUCGUCAGCUGAAUGGGGCGAAAGGCCAUGAGCCAGCACGUAGCAAUGGGAUUAGAAAUUCACACUUCUUCCAGACCUUUUUGUCAAAUAGCCUGGAGGCAUUUGGGGAAAGGGUUCUUGAGGCACAAGGGCACGAUGUUAUUGAGGAUCUUUCAGGGGAAGGAGACACUUUCAAAGAUGAGGAACAGUGUGAUGAACGACCCUUACAGUUGACAAAGACUUGCAAGAUUGAGCCAGAUGUUCCCCUGGAACCAUUAAGUAUAUCCAAAUACUCUCCUUAUUCUUCCCCCUCAGACAGCCCACCAUUGUCUGUCUCACCUAACAAACCAUUUUCAAACAAAAUCACCACAUCAAAGAAGCUAGGCCAGUCAGCCAAAACCAGUCCCUCCACAUCUACAUCCCCUGCCCUCACUCCUGCUGGGCGACCAAGAAAGACCAAGGAGCAGUUGGAUGUGUUAAAGCAGCAUUUCUUGCGUUGCCAAUGGCCUAAGAGUGAAGACUACACUGAACUUGUUAAGCUUACUGGUUUGCCGCGGGCAGAUGUUAUUCAGUGGUUUGGGGACACACGCUAUGCUGUCAAAAAUGGCCAGCUGCGCUGGGUAAAGGGGGUCCGUGAUCAGUUCUUGGCAGAGCUGGCUUCCCAGCAAAGCAGCUGCGGUUUAACAAAUGGAAGUGGAACAUCCUCUCGGCCCGGGGGUAGCCGUAAACGAAAAUCUCAAGCAAAUGGAAGGAGUGCAGAUUCCCCAGAUAUCCAGCCGUUGGUUAACUAUUACCUUUCAAAUGGCACACUACAUGAAAAAGACCUUGAUUCUCUAUGCAAGAAAUCGAGAAUGAGCUACCAGCAGGUGCGGGAUUGGUUUGCAGCUCAGGACGUUGGGGAAACUGAGCAGGAAUCUAUUGUUGUUACUUAAUAACAUUUCUACAAGUUGAGGUGCUCUUCAAAUAAUUUGCACCAUGAAGCAUAAAUAUUACUUUGGUUAAUAUUGCUUUAACUGAGCAGGUUUGUAACAUUCAGUCUUCCCACUACAAGCCCAAAGUGAGGUUUGUGUUUUAUAUGUGCUGCAUUCCCUGCUUUCCCUAAUAUAUUUGGACUUGAAAUACCAUUGUGCUGCCUACAUUACUGUAAAUAGCGCAGCAACUUGUACACUGGUUUGCUUUAUUUUUUGAGCUUAUUAUUUUUGUUUAGAUAUCACUACAGAAUUUCUAGUAUAUUAUGUAGUUUUAUAAUUUAAAUUGGUUGUACAUUUGGUACCUGACUGUAGCAAACAACCUACUGCUCCAUAAAAUGUCUACAUUGACAAAUUUGUUGACUGAUCACUGUGUGUAACCAUUCCUUUAUAGCCAACAAGUCCUCAUCAUGAAAAGCACACUGGACAUGCACACUUUAAAUUGAUGUCUUGCACUUUGGUUUAUGAUCCUGCUGCCGUUAUGUUAAUUAAAUCCAAUUAUUUCACAGAACAUAAAUUCCUAAUUGUACAGUGUUGUUCUUGAUACUUUUAAACUCCUCACUUUUCUUUUUAAGUUACAGAAAAUACAGCUAAAUUUAAUAGCUACAGCGUAUUUAUGAAACACAUUCCUCAAUAUCCUUAGUCUCUCUGCUGUAAUUCUUAGUAAAUAAAUAGCUUGCAUACAAGUGCACCUUUGUGACAGUAACAGUCAACAGUACUAAGAAGCAGCAGACACAUCAAUGGCAUACAAACACCAACCCACUCAUUGAUUCAGUUUUGGGUUUUUUGUUUUUUUUUUCUUUGGUUCCACCCCUAUUCUGUCUUAGUAGUUAACUUUCAGGUUUAUAAUAUAGACAAAAACAGUACUGUGUAAUCCAAAGAAGUUUUGUUUUUCAGAUAACAUUAUGAUUCAUAACCCAAGCAUUAUCAAAUUGUCUUAUCAGUUUAUGUAUUUAUUAGUUAUUUCCUUCAUGGCUGUGUUUGAGAGAUGAAAAAUGUUUUAGUUGACAUACCAAGAAUGAAGUGGGCUUUAAACAGAGUCCGUUUAGUUUCUUAGAAAUGCCUGGACAAAGGCUGGAAAUGUUACGAAGCAGUGUGCAUCACUUUGUUUUGUCAUCCUGUUAGUCAGGAAAAAGCUAAUGUGUCAUACUUUGGGGAAAUGUUCAUAACAUGUAGUGUCCUCCUUGGUUGAUGUUCUCUUCUUUUUUUUUUUUUCCCCCCCUUGUUGGAAAACUUCUUAUUUGCACAUUUGUGUCACUGGAAACCAGUAAAGCAUUGACCUUUA